CACACUCCAGCACUUCUGCAGGCACAGGGAAAGGGAUCAAGAGGGGCCAAACAGGCUGCAGAUGGAGCUGCUGGCCGUGCUGGGCUGUGCCCUGCUGCUCCCCACGGUGCUGGGCGAGGAUUGUCCAUCCCCGUGCAGCUGCUGGUCCCUGGGGGAGCCCUGGGGGACAGGGGUGGACUGCAGCUCGCGGGGGCUGCGCGCCCUGCCCGCCCUGCCGCGCCUGACCCGCAGCCUGCACCUGCACAACAACAGCCUGGCCUCCAUCCCCGCCGGAGCCCUGGACAGCCUGGGCCACCUGCAGGAGCUGCAGCUCUGGGACAACCCCUGGCACUGUGACUGUCACAUCCUGUACCUGAAGCUCUGGCUGCAGGAUUUCUCCGCACCCGCGCUCGCCCGGCUCAGGUGCGCCAGCCCCGCUGCGCUGCGGAUGAAAGCCCUGGGGCAGCUGACUGGGAAUGAUCUGGGCGUUUGUACCAGGCUUCUCCCAACCAAGUGUCUCCAGUUCUUCUGGCGAGACCUCAUUUUAAUUGCUGGGGCGAUAAUUACCCUCCUUUUAGUGGCGUGGGCUCUGAAGUUCUCCAAAAAGCUGGUCUGCCAGCUCAGCCUCGGGAGGCGGCGGCUGAGGAGGAACAUCCCCAAAACCCACAAGGCUCUGUGAGUUCACAACCCAUCAGCAUCUCUUGGUGUCCCAGGGGGCUUGGUAGGACCAUUCCCGUGUGCAGGAAAACUCAGUCCUCUCUUCCUCAGAUUCAGGAGCUUCCUGCCCCCAAAAGCACCCAGAUUAUACAGACCAGACACUGCAUGGAUCCCUGAUUGAAAACAGUUAAAGAUGGACUGGUAAUGACAACAUAAUCAGCAAAAUAAUUUUACAUCUUAUGGAAUUUCCUGAAGGGUGAACAAUAAUAAAGCAUUCUAUGUGGAACUGAAAUAAUGGAUGCUUAUUGAACAUUCAUAUUGACCAAAAUUUGAUCUCUUUCACAACUCUAAACAUUUCUGAUUAAAUUUCUAAGAUAUUUUCAGAACUUGUCCUCUGGAGAUAAUUUUAGAAUAUUUCCCCUGCACUGAGCGUUUCAAUUUUUUUAAAAGACAACCACUAUUCUGUAUGAAUGCAGAAUAGUACAGAAGAAAUGCACUCUGCCAUCUCUCAUGGAAUUUCCUACAUGAUAUUUCUUGUUUCCCCGAAAUGAAAUAAAUCAUUCAGACUAAAAGCUUAUCACUCUCUUCUGUGCCUAUAAACUAGAAAUGCAUAGAAUAGUGAACUGCUUUACUACAUGGCUUCAACAGUAUAAAUAUAUUAAAAAUGGGCAAUUAGUGAACAUUUCUGCUUGCACCAACCAACACAUCAAAUAAG